AUGUUAGUCACGCUGGCCGUUUUAUUUUCGCGGUCCUCCUCGUCUGGUCUUCUGCUGGCAUAUUUCAUCAUGGAAAAGUACCAGGAGAUCAAGAAAAUAGGAGAAGGAGCUUACGGCAUCGUCUACAAGGCUCGUAAGCUUGGCCAUCCAAGCGCUGUUGUGGCUCUAAAGAAGAUUCAGUUGGAAUUUGAAGAUGAUGGUAUUCCUAGCACUACGGUCCGCGAGAUAAGCCUCCUGAAGGAAAUGCGCGACCCCAAUAUUGUCCAACUGCUGGACGUCAUCCAUGUUGACAACCGUCUACUCUGCCUCGUCUUAGAGUUCUUGGAUAUGGACCUCAAGAAAUACAUGGAGAAACUCCCACACAAUCCACGUCGGGUGGAGCAAGGCUCUCACGGAUGGGUCCAUGUCGACGAGAGGCGCGGGUCUGGACAAUGCCACGAUCAAAAAAUUCAUGGCCCACCUGGUAGAGGGUGUCCGGGAAACCUGAAGCUGGCCGACUUUGGCUUGGCACGAGCAUUCGGUGGCCCGUUGCGCACAUACACCCACGAGGUAGCUACGCUGUGGUACCGAUCUCCUGAACUUCUGCUCGGAGACCGUCAGUACUCUACUGGUGUCGAUAUGUGGUCAAUUGGGGCUAUCUUUGCCGAGAUGUGCACUCGCGUGCCGCUGUUUCCCGGAUGUUCCGAAUUGGACGAGAUUUUCAAGAUAUUCCGCCUACUCGGUACUCCCGACGAGGAGACUUGGCCAGGAAUAACCUCGUUCCCUGAAUACAAGGCUAGCUUCCCCAAAUGGGAGCGCCUCAGCACGCCCAUUGUGCUUGGACUCGAACCAGCCGGCUUAGAGAUGCUGGCGGCUCUACUGGACUACGGUGAUAAGAAAAAGACCUUGGGGCUCACAUUCCAGGACGCUGUCAUCCACACGCUAUGGCACCCCAUCAACGUAUUCUGA